AACCACAACAAGAAUAUCACAAGGAGGAGUCAGAUUUCCGAAAGAGCAACAGCACCGUAUGCUGCCAGUGUUCAUGAUAGUCAGGAAGGAGCGUGUCGGGGAUAAGACAGCAGAUAGUCAUCCUGGCUGCGAGAGCUGCAAUGAUCACACUGAAUACUGAAAGGAACAUAAUAGAGAAUGUAGAAUGAAAGUUCCCCAUUGUAUGUGUCAGUGUAUACCGGAGCUGAAGUGGAAAGUCAAAACAGUGGGAUUUUUGUAUGUUUGAUUAACGAGGAAGCAGUAUGUAUUUCGGCAAUACCUGUCAAAAUGCAGUCCUGCCCGCCCUGGUGCGACCACCACUGCCAACACUACAGCCAACACUGGAUAUAAAACAUUUUCUUCCCUUUCCAGUGGACACCACUUCAACAAUAAAUCUCUUUCCAAACUUUAGUGCGAUGGAUCCAAUUCAGAAAGCAGUGAUAAAUCACACAUUUGGAGUUCCUCUACCCCCAAAACGGAAAAAUAUUAUUUCAUGCAACAUCUGCCAGCUAAGAUUUAAUUCUGAGAGUCAGGCAUCGGCCCACUACAAAGGCACUAAACAUGCCAAGAAGCUCAAAGCACUGGAAGCCCCGAAAAGUAAGCAGAAAGGUGCUGCCAACAGGGAGACUGCAAAGAAUUCCUUCAAUACCAAUGCCAUCAAUGCCAGCAGUGACAAAACAGACCUUGUGACAAAAGAAUCAUUACCAUUAGGAAUGGCCACUGCGGCCACCACAGUAUUGACAAUUUGCAAUACUAUAACAAAUACAGAGACGCCCUCGGGGGCAAACAAGAAACAGGUGUCAUCAUCUGGCAGCAACUCCUGCCCACCAAUGGAGACAGAGGAAGAAAAAGCCAAAAGACUGCUCUAUUGCUCACUAUGCAAGGUGGCUGUCAACUCUGCCUCACAGCUGGAAGCACACAAUAGCGGUACUAAGCACAAAACUAUGUUAGAGGCUCGAAGUGGCAGUGGAACAAUCAAAGCUUUUCCAAGGCUGGGCAUUAAAGGAAAAGUUGUUCCUAUCAAAGCAAUUACUGGUCUGCAAAACAAAACAUUUCACUGUGAAAUUUGCAAUGUUCAUGUAAAUUCAGAAACACAGCUUAAACAGCAUAUUAGUAGCAGGAGGCAUAAAGACAGAGCUGCUGGAAAACCACCUAAGCCCAAAUACAGUCCAUACAACAAAGCCCAAAGAAGAACCACCGCACAAACGGUAAAACUUGCCAUUCGGAAGGAACUUGGAAAGCCACUCACGGCAAGAAUACUACCAAACCACCUUGCGGCAGCUGCUGCAGCUGCUGCUGCUGCUGUCGGCUCCACCUUUUCUUUGCGUUCAACUCCAACUGGUGCACUUUUUCAGACUCAAGCCCUUCCUCCAGCUUUUUUAAGACCUGCUCCUGGACCUAUACGAACACCUCAUGCUCCUGUUCUUUUUGCCCCAUACUGAUGUAGUGGCGUACCAACAGGAACAAUAAAUCUAAAGAACUGCAAUAAUUUAAAGUGAACACAGGGAACUAUGCAGUGAUAUUUCUAUAUAUGAAUGAAGGAAUUCCGGAUGUUCAGACUGUAAUUUUGUAAAGAAUGUAAAGAAUCAAUAAUGCUGUAGAAAUGUGUCUCAGAAAGCUUACCCUAUACAAUUGUUAAAGAUAUAAAAAGAACCCUUGUAUGAAUUAAUGUCUAGUACUUUAUAAAAUGGUUGUGCAAGGAAAAUGGGGCAUUAACCCUGCAAUGUACAGCAGAUAAUUAAAUGUACUGUAUAUAUGUAUAGACCUUUAAAUUCUAUAUGAAAACACUGUGAGAAUUUCAUUAUAUUUGAGGCCAAGUGUGCAGAUAACUUGGAAAUAAUCAUCAGAACAUCCUUAACAACAUGGAAAUUGUAGGAGUGGUAACAUUUGUGUGGUGAUUGUACAGUAUAUGUCUUGUUUAUGUGUUAAAAAUACAAAGUUUAAAAUAAAAAUGCUUACUUUGUUAACUGU